UUUUUUUUUUUUGAGACAGAGUCUCGCUCUGUCACCCAGGUUGGAGGGCAGUGGCGCCAUCUCAGCUCACUGUAACCUCUGCUCAAGCGAUUCUUCUGCCUCAGCCUCCUGAGUAGCUGGGAUUACAGGCACGUGCUACCACGCCCGGCUAAUUUUUUAUAUUUUUGGUAAAGACGGGGUUUCGCCAUGCUGGCCAGGCUAGUCUCCAACUCCUGACCUCAAGUGAUCCGUUCGCCUCUGCCUCCCAAAGUGCUAGGAUUACAGGUGUGAGCCACUGAGCCCGGCCUCCAAUUCAUCUUUCAACUGUGCACAGGGCCUUCCCCGUCAGGGCCGUUCCCAGAGUUCCAGAAUGCUUCCCUUCAAUAGACUCCACAGUCUCCGGAAGCAGGGCUGGGGAAGAAACGGCAAACCAGGGAUCUUACCUGGGCCUUCCCAGUUGAGACUAAGUCAAAAUGGGUUCCCGUGAGUCAGCCUGGCUCAUGCAGAUGGAAGGCUAACCUCUUUUUAGAAACAACUCGUGCUACCCUCUCCUGUUUCAAAAGAGCUGUCUGGUCAGAAUGGUGGUAAGUUACCUUAGGAAGAGAGAGGCGUCGUCCUGUUUGUCAGACAGAGUUAGCAAAGGUUCAAUUUAAAAGAAAAAUUCUCUAAGAAGUUAAAAAUAAAAGUGUGGGGAGAUUCCCAUGACAUCCAUUUUUAUCUAUUUUUCCCUUUCUCUUACAUUUCCCAAGAGGCAAACUUUCUAAAACAGUCUUAGUCUUUUCAAGUUUACAAAAGGCAGCACCCAGACUAUCUGAAUAAAAUGACAGGGCGCCCGGGAGAAGAGUGCACCUCUCCCACGCGCACCCUGCCUGGCUCCAUGCUGUCGCGGGGUCUAGCUACUCACUCAGCGGGCAUUUCGGGAGUUCCAGGAACACAAACCCCAACAAGAUCCAAUCCAUGCCUUCCCGGAGUGCACUGUCCAGGACGUAACCCGGCGAACAAGCGGCAAUUACCCCCUGAGGACAUGGCUUCAUCCGUGCGACAGACACCAAGCGCCUUCCCCACGCCCGUGACCAUAAGGUCGUCCCGGCCCUCCUGAAGCGUGAAGCCGGCUUGGAACAGAGCCAAGACACACGGACGCGAUGACGGAGGGCACCAAGAACUCGGCCUCAGCGACUGCCACAGGCCCCUCCGCCUGGACUAGCGGCUCCCCUUCCCCGCCCCCACACAGCGGAGGGCGCGGCAAACGCCCACCGCGGACUGUGGGCCUUGGAUUCGGAUUCGGAAGCGCCUUGCAUUCGGAUUCGGAGGUUCCUCGGAACGAGGGGGUGGGAGCAGGCGGAAUCCAACCCGGGCGGCUUUGCCACCGCGCGCCCGGCCUCCCCGCGACAGGGAAGCGGCGCCAUCUCCGCAGGUGCGCGGUGGACGCCUGCAUCCCUCGGGCCCGGGGCUGUCGGGCGCUACACAUCCACCUCCUGGGCGCACACAGAGGGCCUGGGCCGUGCCGAGUCUCGGCAGGGUUGAGCUUCCCCGCGCGGCGCGGGCUCCGGCACUGCCCGCAGUGCGGGACACGCCCAAGGCUCGGAUGGGAGCCGACGCUGCGGGAGCGGCACCUGCAGGGAGCGCCGGGAGCCGAGGCCGCGGCGGGAGGGGCGGGCGCGGCCGGCGGGGAUGCGGGGUCGCGGGAGGGGCCCGCAGCCCAGGCCAGAGCUGGGGGCGGCCCGAGGCCCAAGCUGGCCAGCGAGGGUGGGAAGGGCGGACCCGGGUGGGGACCGCAAGCCCCGGGAACAAGCGCGCGAGCGGCGGGUCCCGGCGGCACUCACCGAGCCUGGGCGCCGGGGUGGCGGCGGCCGGCGCGCGGACCUCUCGCGGGGUCCCCUCCCUCGGCCACCCGGGCUCUGCUCCAGCCUCGCAGUGGCGGAAGCACUGACAGCUGCGUGGCCGCCCUGGAGGGGAGGGGGCGUCUGCGACCCGCGACUGGCGGACGCACCGGCCGUUCCGGCUCCAGCAGGGGGCGCGGCGGCUCGCGCGUGCGCAGUCGGCCGCCCCUGCAGGUGCCCGGUCCACCCCCGGCCGCCUCGGCCGCUCCGGCCAGCCCAACCCCGCGCCUGCGCAGUGCCCCGUGCAUCUCGCCCUUGCCCGGCAGAGGGCGCGCUGGCUUGCGCGUGCGCAGUCGGCCACCCUGCGAGGACGCGGUUCGCACCCGGCCGCGCGGCAGCCGGUGCCUGCCCACUGCCCUGUGCCAGCGCCUAUGUCCAGCAGGGGGCGCGCAGCGGCGGUAG